AUGUUGUUCGAGUUUCUUCAAUCAACUACUCUUAAUGUUGUGGUCUUUCUUGUUCCUCUUGAGACGAAUCCAACCACCAGUAAUCUACCCAUCUUUUCAGUUGGAUCCUCUGAGAAGGGUGGAGUUACGAAUAGUGUGGCUAAUAAAGACAGAGCAAAGAAAGAGAUUGAGCAAGACAAAGCAAAGAAGGAGAUUGAGAAAGACAACAUUGCUUUGCUGGUCAUUCAAAUGACUAUCACUGAGGUAAUCUUUCUCAGAAUUUCAAAUGCAAUUUGUGCCAAGCAAGCUUGGGAUAUUCUCAAUACAAAAUAUCAAGGUCAUUCCAGAGUCAGAGUUAAGAAACUUUAUAGUCUCCGUAGGGAACUGAUCAAUUUGUUAAUGAAAGAGAGUGAGCUCAUUAAAGAUUAUUAUACUAGGGUUAUGGAUGUAGUGAAUCAUUUGAGAAUUUGUGGUAAGGAGAUGCCUGAUAAGAGAGUGAUUGAAAAAAUCCUUAUCAGUUUGACUUCUAAGUAUAACAAUAUUGUUACUACGAUGGAGGAAACUAAGGAUCUUGACAACAUGAUUGUUAAUGACCUUAUUGGUUCCCUGGAAGCUCUUGAGAUCCAUGUGAAGAUAGAAGGAUUACUUGAAGAUGCCACUGAAAGGAAGGGCAUUUGGAAGAGGCUUGCUGGAAUAAGACCAAACUUAUGUGUGCUUUCUGCAAGAGAGAAGGACAUGUUGAAGAACAUUGUUGGAACAAAGGGAAGCCACAAUGUAAAGCUUGUGGGAAGUUUGGACAUAUUCAGAAAGAGUGUAGAUCAAAAUAGAAGGAUAAGCAACAAGCAAACUUUGCUUAGGAUACUAGAGAUGAAGAAUAUCAGUUCAUGGCUUAGUUUUAAGACCACUGUUGUGCUAGGAAAUAGAGAAAUUGUGAAAGUGGAAGGGAAAGGGACAGUGUCUAUCAGCACCACAAAGGGCACUUACCUAAUUGGGGAUGUUAUGUAUGUUCCUAGGUUGGAUUCAAACCUUCUUAGUGUGGGACAGUUGAUGGAGAAAGGCUUCAUUCUUGUGUUUGAAGGUACUACUUGCAAAAUUCUUGACAAUAGUAAGAAUAAUCAACUGGUUAAUACAUCAAAAUUAGCUAUGAAAGCAACUAGUGAAGAAUCAGCUUUAUGGCAUCAAAGGCUUGGCCAUCUGAGUGAACAAAAUAUGAAAACAAUUCAUGAUAUUGGAUUAGUUGCAGACCUUCCAAAAUUCUAG